GUCAUGUGUUAACUAUGUUCAUAUACAGAAAACACACCCUGUAUCUGUUGAACCGCUCCUCUUUCUCGAAUGAAGGUAGCAAAGCAUGUAAACCCCUCCUUCUUUGCUGAUCUCUCUGACUAGUCCAAAUAUUUACUUGUUCCAUCCCCUUCACAGAUCUGCAGUUUUAAGAUGGGUGAAGUCAGAAUGUGGUUUAUUGAGAGAGCUGGCAGGCUACAAUCACUGCAGCUUUGCAACUACGAAGGAAGCAGAAUAGAGUUUGGACCGGUUUAUGUCAAACUGACAUUAGCGGCCAGGGAGGUACAAUGGCGCAGAAAGGAGUUAGUCUGGACAGGGAAACUAUUUCUUGUUCCAUCUGUCUGGAUCUACUGAAGGAUCCUGUGACUACUUCCUGUGGACACAGCUACUGCAUGAACUGUAUUCAAGGCCACUGGGAUAAAGAGUAUGUGAAGAAAAUCUACAGCUGUCCUCAGUGUAGAAAGACUUUCACACCGAGGCCUGUCCUGCUGAAAAACACCAUGUUAGCAGAUUUAGUGGAGGAGCUGAAGAAGACUGGACUCCAAGCUGCUCCUGCUGAUCACUGCUAUGCUGGAGCUGAAGAUGUGGCCUGUGAUGUCUGCACUGAGAGAAAACUGAAAGCCCUCAAGUCCUGUCUGGUGUGUCUGGUCUCUUACUGUGAGAAACACCUUCAGCCUCAUUAUAACUCCUCUGGGUUUAAGAAACACAAGCUGGUGGAGCCCUCCAAGAAUCUCCAGGAGAACAUCUGCUCUAAUCAUGAUGAGGUGAUGAAGAUUUUCUGCCGUACUGAUCAGCAGUGUAUCUGUUCUCUCUGCUUAAUGGAUGAACAUAAAGGCCACGACACAGUCUCAGCUGCAGCAGAAAGGACUGAGAGGCAGAAAGAGCUCGAGGGGAGUCGACAAAACAUCCAGCAGAGAAUCCAGGACAGAGAGAAAGAUGUGAAGCUGCUUCAACAGGAGGAGGAGGCUAUCAAUCGCUCUGCUAAUAAAGUAGUGGAGGAGAGUAAGAAGAUUUUCACUGAGCUGAUCCGUCUCCUGGAGAAAAAAAGCUCUGAUGUGGAGCAGCAGGUCAGAUCAGAGCAGAAAACUGAAGUGAGUCGAGUCAAGGAGGUCCAGAAAAAGCUGGAGCAAGAGAUCACUGAGCUGAAGAGGAAAGACGCUGAGAUGAAGAAGCUCUCAGACACAGAGGAUCACACCCAGUUUCUGAAAAACUACUCCUCACUGUCACCACUCAGUGAAUUUCCAGACUCAUCCGUUGAUAUCCGUCCUCCGCGCUACUUUGAGGACAUGACAGCGGCUGUUUCAGAAUUCAGAAACAAACUACAAUAUGUUCUAAAUGAAAAAUGGACAAACAUCUCUCUGGGUGUGUCUGAAGUUGAUGUUUUACUGUCAAAUCCACAACCAGAGCCCAAGACCAGAGCUGAAUUCUUAAAAUAUUCACAUGAAAUCACACUGGAUCCCAACACAGCUCACAGACAGCUGUUAUUAUCUGAGGGGAACAGAAAAGCUACAUUCAUUGAAGAACAUCUGUCUCUUUCUUAUCACCCAGAACGAUUCACUUAUUGGCGACAGGUCCUGAGUGAAGAGAGUCUGACCGGACGUUGUUACUGGGAGGUGAAGUGGAGCGGGAUAGGAGUUUCUUUUGCAGUCGCAUACGAGGAUAUCAGCAGAAGAGGGAGCUCGGAAGAAGGUAAAUUUGGACACAAUGACAAAUCUUGGACAUUAAGAUACGAAAAGGACCGUUGUACAUUUUGGAACAACAAUGUCCAAACUCAUGUCCCAGUUCCUGUGUCCUCCAGAGUAGGAGUGUACCUGGAUCACAGGGCAGGUACUGUGUCCUUCUACAGCGUCACUAAAACCAUGACUCUCCUCCACAGAGUCCAGACCACAUUCACUCAGCCUCUCUACGCUGGACUUUGGUUUUAUUCUUAUGGAGACACUGCUGAGUUCUGUAAACUCAAGUAGAAAGUCAAAUCACUCAAGGGUUAAACUCUUUGUUUCCACUUUUACAUUUAUUUUGUCUUAUUUGUUGCUGAUUGUUCGUCGGGGCAUUUCUUCACUGCAGUGAUCAGCUGUCAAUCAAACAUUAUGGGUGGUAUUUUGCCGAUAGUGGGAAGAUCUUCACUGAGCUGAUCCGUCACUCCUAUGUGACGCAGCAGGUCAGAUCCCAGCAGAAAACUGAAGUGAGUCGAGUCUGAGAAAUACUUGCCUAAAAGCCCUGCUUUCAAAUAUUUCUCUACUCGUAUAUACUCCAGUUAAAUGCUCAUUUGGCAGGUUUAUCAAGUGUAGUAUUCCAGUAAAUGCACUUAGUACUUUCCAUAUGGUUAAAAGUAGGGUGUCAGCAUGCAUGCAUCAUUGGGUCAAUGUCUGAUGUUGCCUCAAACUGAACUUAAAUCUUCUAUCUCACUCCCUGUCAGCUAUUUGCACAUAUUAAGUUAUCCACUAGAGGUCCCUCUCCUCAAAUGUAUUGCAUUAUCACUAUAGUUGAAUGCUUUGCUGCCAUUUACAACACACCUAAGGGGUGAACUGGAGUCUAAAUGGGAGAAAAUCCCUGCAGCAGGUUCUAACAUCUAGUGGAAAGACUAUAAUCAGAUUAAUGGAGACGGUUGGAGCAGCACAACAUGUUCUACAAUUACAUAGAGUGUCAUUAUUAUACUUUGGGGGUCUGCAUACUUUUGGCCACAUGUGUAUGGUAUGUCGACAUCAGGACACUUUGCAGCAACAAAUGUGUACAUAAAUUACUUAAAUAGUUAUUAUAAAUAGUGGGUUUUAUUCAAAUAAUCUUUUGAAUUGCUUAUGAAUUUCUUUUAAUUGAUAUUUUGAACUGUCAAAGACUUGGAAGAAAUGCAUGUAUGUGCCUUUUUAUCAUUAUCAAAUAUAUAAUAACAGAACAGACACUGUUUGUUACAUGUCUUUCUGUAGUUGAUCAAUAUUGCUUUUGCUGCAUGAUUUGAUGAAUGGAUUUUUUCAUUUACUCACAGAAUAUUAGUUCUUAUUAUCUUCAGUUUGAGUUGAAAGUUUUGGAUUCCCAUGAUGGUCUGACUGCUGUAGGUACUUAAGACUGUUUCAUGCUUCUCAUUAG